ACAGUCACGUGAUGCCAUGGAAAAUAGCUGCUAUUGCGAACAAAAUGCUAGUAAAGUGACGUAUUUCACAUCUCAAUAUGGCAGGAACGAUAGUUUAUCAUAUACAGUAGCAAAUAUAUGCGGUGAUACUAGUAUUUAUCCAAAAUAUGGGGAUUUUACCCAGACAAGUGUUAUGGUACGUUUCGAAAUAUAGAGCGAUAUUUUAGUGUUUAUUCUUAGACAAAUAUAAACAGCCCUGUCAUAUUUUAAUGACUUAAAUUGUAUUUUCAUUAGCGAACAUAUGGGCCAUGGUGGAAUAAGUGUCCAUCCGCAUCAAAACCGUUUAUUAAUAAAGGCCAUAAUUUUUACGGAGAAGAUUUCAUCGGUUUGUCAAAUUGAUAAAUAUUAAUAUCAUACACACACAUAUAGCUAUAUAUAUAUUUAUAUAAAUUUAUAUGUAUAUAUAAAGUAUACUGUUAUCCUUAUAUGUCUCUUAAAAUGUUACAUAAAUUAAAUGAAACCGUCUACUAACAUUUGCUCAGAAUUGAAAUUCGAACGGAUAGUGAUUCCUAUACAAAUUAAAAUUUUCGAAACUUAUCACCCUGGCUCGGUUAUCAAAAUAUGGGGCGCAAAAUUAAAGAAUUUAAAAUCUAAUGAAGUUCACUCUUGGUUACUAUUGUGGUCGGGUCCGAUAAGGUCAUACAAUGAUAACAAAUGUCAUAUUCUGAAAGCAAACUGCAAACAAGUUCAAUUCUAUACUGAGUUUGUAUUAGAAUUAAUUUAUUGAGUAGAUUUUAUUUACUGAUAUUUACGAAUAUUUUAAAGCUUAAUUCGAAUCGAAAUGAACCAUUCAGAGCUUCAUUAUUACAAUGAAAUUGAUUGCGUGCAAAUGCUUGGUAUUCCCUUAUCUUUUGAAGAAGAUGAAGGAUCCUCUGUUGAUAGAGAGGAUGAUGACGUUUCUGCGUUGUCAAAAAAAUAUGAGAACAUCAAUUUGUUUGGUAACUCGGAGACGCAAAAAGAAAAUUUUUUCGAAUCAUUACCGGAAGAAGUAAUACAACUUAUUCUUCUCUACUUAGAUACUGCAUCACUUUGUAAUUUAGCAUCUACAUGCCGACUUCUACACCAGCACUGCUAUGACCGUUUAUUAUAUAAAGAACUGGAUUUACAACCCUAUUGGCCUAAUAUUAAAGAUUCUUCACUUGAAUCCCUAACAAGCAGGUGUCGGAAAUUAGAACGAAUAAAUUUGUCUUGGUGUGGCGGCCAUAAUUUUAUUAGCUUCAACGCUUUCAAUAAAUUUCUUCUCAAUUUGGAAAAGAACUUAAUAGUCUUGAGAUUAAGUGGUUGUGAAUUUUUAAAUGAUAAUUGCUUCGAUGCUAUAUGUAGCAACUGUCCUAAAUUAGAGGAAUUAAAUAUUGCAAGUUGUAUAAAUACAAAUGAAUUCUCUCCAUUGGUUCGUUUAAACAAGUUAAAAAAAUUGAAUUUGUACAGAACUAAUAUUGAUUAUUUCUCUUUAUACCAAUUUAUAAUGAAAUGUUCAAGUUUAGAACAUUUAAAUAUCGGUUCCUGCUCAACGCUGAGAAAUUGUGGUGAUAUUGUUGUCAAGUUAAGUAAUAACUGUCGAAACUUAAAGGGUCUUGAUAUAUGGAGAGCGAAAGAUAUAACAAGUCUUAGUAUUAACUCUUUGGCGGAAUGUAAGCAAUUGGAAGAAUUAGAUAUUGGAUGGUGUAAAGUAGAAUCUAAUUGUGGAUGUCUAAGGAAACUAGCCGAAAAUUGUCGUAAAAUGAAAAAGCUCUUUUUAACGGCAACAAGGUAAAUAAUCCUAUUGAAAUCGAGUUAAAAAUCUUUCCCAUCUUCUAUCUGAGUUUUAUUUCAAAUAGAACUGUUAGCGAUCUGGAUUUACAAACUAUCGCCAAAUAUUGCCCUCAAUUGGAGCAGUUUGAUAUUCUAGGAACAACAGAGGUUACACUAGGAGGAAUAAAACUAAUUUUAGAUAAAUGCGAAAAUCUGCAGUUAUUAGAUAUAUCGUUUUGCGAAGAGAUAAAUGGGAAAAUCUAUUUGGACUUGGUAAAACAAUACCCUCACGUUAAUAUCAAGAAAAGCUUUCAAAGCGAUGAUCUUUAAUUGAGCCUGCUACUUUUUUUAUUUAUUAUAAACUGAAUAUAGUAUUUAUAUCAUUCUAUUUUUUGUUAAUUUCUAAUAUUAAUUACAUUCGAAUUGUUAUAAUUACAUUGAAAAUUAUCUUUUUCUACAUGAAGCAAUUCAUAUUUUUAAUAAACAAUCUUCUAUUUACAUUAAUAAUGGAAAAUAGGCUAGUAAUAGGCCUAGCUUGUGACGUAUACGCUAGUUUUUUGUAUAAAGAUUUG